AUGAUCCACACACCGAUCCAGCCGCAGGUGAAGAAAAGGAAAAGGCAGCCUGAGCAGAACCUCCAGGUCCAGCAUGAAGUCAAGUUCAGGGACGCGACCAUCUACCUAGUGGAGAGAAAGAUGGGCUCCAGCAGAAGGACAUUCUUGACCAACCUGGCAAGAAACAAGGGCUUUUGUGUGCAGAAUGACCUCAGCAACGAGGUCACUCACGUGGUGGCGGAGGACAACGAGGCCCAAGAACUGCAGGCAUGGCUCCACAACCAUGGCCUGAAGGACCAGGCAAGCGUACAAUUACUGGACAUUACCUGGUUCACCGAGAGUAUGGCCGCGGGGCGGCCCGUCGUUGUCGAGUCCAGACAUCGUAUUCAGGGGAACAAUGACCAGAAGAAGAACUGUCUACAGCCCAGCUCACAAAAAGUGUCCCAGUAUGCCUGUCAGAGGAGAACCACAAUCAUCAACUGCAACAAAAUAUUCACGGAUGCGUUUGAGGUUCUGGCAGAACAUGCGGAGUUCAAUGAGAACGCGGGCCGCUGUCUGGCCUUCAUGCGGGCCACGUCGGUGCUGAGGAGCCUGUCAGGUGCGGUCGGCUGCUUCCGGGACCUGGAGAGCCUCCCCUGCCUGGGAGACCAAACGAAAGCUGUCAUAGAGGAUAUCCUGGAGACUGGCAGGUCUUUCAAAGUCCAGGAGAUCCUCGAUGAUGAAAAAUAUCGAGUACUGAAGUUGUUUACAAGUGUGUUUGGAAUUGGCCUGAAAACUGCAGAGAAAUGGUACCGGAAAGGAUUACGCACGUUUGAGGAAGUUCAUGCUGACAACAGCGUCAUUUUGAACAGGAGACAGGAAGCAGCCCUGAAUGGUCUUGCCCCGCCCUACCUCUCUGAGCAGCUUCACUCUCCCACCCGCUCUCUCAGGUCGACUGAUCAGCUGCUCUUCAGGGUUCCUAAGUCGUAG